CAUAUGUGUGGCUUGGCUUUUGAACUUGCUGUUAUUUUGCUGCGAGUAUCAUCAUUUGAGCAUGUCUGAGGUGAAUAAGAGGCUGAAUGUUAAUUAACAGUGAAUGAGCCGAAACGCCGAAAAAUUGAAUUGAAUUGCUUAUCUGGAGGAUGGAGGAGAUGGUCGUGUAAAGCCUAAACGUAUGCACGUGAAAAAAAGUUGUAACUUAAGCCAUUUCACUCUGAAGAUCACAGAAAUGAGUAAAGAAGCAUGGGAAAAAUUUUAUAAUGAGAAUCCUCCUCCAUCUGAACUACAUAAUAUCCAAGAACAGAUGAAAAACUUUUGUAAUUAUCAUGCUUCUAAAGGGAACUAUGUGGUAUUAGUUACGUCUGGAGGAACUAUUGUACCACUUGAGCAUAAUACUGUUCGAUUUGUGGAUAAUUUUAGUGCUGGAACCAGGGGUGCUGCUUCUGCUGAAUAUUUCUUAAAGUCUGGCUGUGCUGUUAUUUUUAUGCAUCGCACAAAAUCUUUGGAACCCUUUGUACGUCAUGUGUCUGUAUCUGACCUUCUGGACUCUCUUCGGCCUAAUGAAUCUUCUGAUAAUUCAUGGAAACUUGAAGUUCAAGGAAGCAUUUGUAACAAGUUAAUACAACUAACAAAAGCCUACAAAGGUACAUUGGCCAAAAACAUGCUUUUGAAGAUCCAGUUUACAACUCUUUCUUCUUAUCUGCAUUUGUUAUUUGUGGCUGCUCAUGCCAUGAAAAACUUGGGUAACGAUGCAAUAUUUUAUCUUGCUGCUGCUGUGUCUGAUUUCUACAUACCUGAACAAGAAAUGGUAUACAUUUUACUAUUUUAUUUUGCAAUAUUACAUUAAUUGAAAUAAGUAAUU